GGUGAAGCUGCUGCUAGUGGUGAGUGCCUAGCAUGACGACACGCGGAAGAAGUGCUCACACACAUAUCGUCCAGGAGGGUGAUUCUUUCCCGAUAGUCCUGUGCGCGCCGCACACACCAUGCACAUGCCAGCAGCAUUCCAACUGGCGAAAGGAUGAUGAUGACGAUGAUGAUGCCGAUGACGGUGUUCGACGGUGUGCACCACUACACGGGCGCUACACACGUACAAGUGGAAAUUGGAAUCGGCCGAACGGAGCAUAAAAAAGCAACCCUCGAAUCGACGAGGCGGCGUGUAGACUCAUCUGUGCUGCCGUCGGUCGGGAAGUAAUCAAAGCACGAGAGAAAGAGACGAGACCACCACUGGACCUGAACGAUUACGAUGACUACUUUAGAUGUGGUGUUUCGUUUGGAUGAUGGGAACCGAACCGACCGGGGGAUUAUUAUUUUUGUGGAAUGGCUGCUCGAUUAUGGCUCACAUGGGGUUUCUAGAAGCUGUGCCUGCCCCGUGUACGGCAGUCAGUCGGUUGGGACUGUCGUGUGGAGAACACCGUCACCUUCGCUGGGGGUGCUUUCCUUGCGCGGAACUCGUGUAUCGUGACAGUUCUCCGGUGGCGUUCGUCGAUCCAACACCAACGCGUGGUGCAAGAAAACACCGGCUAACCGUGACAGCGCGCUACCGAAGGUGCCGUUCGUUGCGUUAUAUAUGUUUGGGAAGAUAUAUUCUAUCCUGUACGACGACGGCUAAACGAAGAUACAAGAUGGAGACCACCAGGCACCCAUUACACCGACUGCCAUCGAGGUUGGUUAGGUUAAGCACCUAAAAAUUGCUCUACAGCAUCAUAAUAGCAUCGCUGCCGAUAGGCAUCAUUCGAGGUGGUGUGUCACGUCUAGGAGUAGGGAACAUUCGGUUCGGAAGUCACAUUCGACUGCCCAAAACAUUGCCUUGCGAACGUUGGUUUGUCCCUUCGGAGAGGCGCUAUUAAAAGGAGCUGAAAUAUGUUUUACUGCAGCCGAGAUCCUGCCAAAGCGUCCAACUGUAGUAAAAGUAGUAGCACUUCGGCAAAGUCUCAUGGACCGUACCAUCAACCGUACUCGCUGCUGGACAUUACCGCCCGGAUCGUGGCCCAAAAUGAACCAUUCCAGAAGAUCGAGGAACGCUACGACCGGAUCCCGGAACCGGUACAGCGGCGUAUCGUGUUUUGGUCCUUUCCGCGCAAUGAAAAGGACAUCUGCAUGUACAGUUCCUUGUCAAGGGUUUCCUCCAUUAACUCGGUGGAAUCACAAAGCCUCAGUUUCUGUACCGGAUUAAAAUUGGUUGAAACGGGCUGUGUGGAGAACGUGCUUCAGGUUGGCUUUCAUCUAAGUGGCAUCGUUUGGUCACACCCACCGAACCAAAUCGAACGCCACAGCAACAGUGCAGGGUCGUCGUCGUCGUCGUCGUCGUCUUCCGGAAGCCGCAAUAAUGAGCUUGGCUAUCCACUGCCACCGGCCAACCAGAAUCUUUACAACAAUUACCAUCACCAUAACCAUCAUCAGCAGCCGCACCAUCACCAUGCGCAUCAGCAUCAUCCCGCUCACCAUCACCACCAACAGCAGCAACACCAUCCGCAUCAAAACCACCAUGCUCCACCGCUAUCCCCACCGCCGCCCGCACCUGCCCUCGUGCAUCAAGUACAACCGCAAGGUGGGGCGGCUGGAGGCGGAGGUCCAGGGCCCGGUGUCGGUAUGCAGGUGGCGGCUGCUGCAGCAGUGGCCGCCGCAGCAGCCGCGGCCGCUGCUGCCGGCGUUCCUCCGCCACCGGGUGCAGGUGGAGCGCACAUGGUGGUAGUUGCACAGCAACCGAUCGGUAUGGGCGCUCAGCAGCUUGCCCCGAACGGACAGCAACCUUUCAACGGUGCAAACAUGGAUCAUCGCGAUGCGUUCAACAAUAUCUCCCUCGGCGGCCAGGGUGGAUCAAACGGAGGGGGAAUGGAGGAAAAUAAGAAAUUUAAAGUGUCCGUCAGCUUCGAUCGAUGCAAGAUAACGUCCGUGACGUGCAGUUGCGACACGAAGGACAUCUUUUGGUGCCAUCAUGUGGUCGCCUUAGCCCUGUACCGCAUACGAAAUGCCGAUUCGGUGAAACUAAGAGUUCCUAUAUCCGAGACGCUGCUGCAGAUGAACCGACAGCAGUUGCAAAAGUUCAUCCAAUACCUGAUCGCCGAACAUCACACGGAAGUGUUGCCGACGGCCCAGCGUCUGGCGGAUGAGAUAUUGCAGCAACGGUCCGAAAUCAAUUCGAUCUGUGGCGCUCCGGAUCCAACGGCCGGCGCAUCCAAGGAUGACGACCAUUCGUGGCAUCUCGACGAAACGCAGGUUUGCGAAGCGGUCAAGACUUAUCUCGGCCAGGGUAGCUAUUACUACAGCAGCAAGCAUCUAAAUUCGCUGUUCGGUAAGGUGCGGGAGAUGUUGCGCGCCCAAGACUCGAACGGUGCCCGUAUGCUGACACUGAUCACGGAGCAGUUCCUAAGCGAUCCACGGUUGGUAUUGUGGAAAAACCAUGGCACACCGAUGACGGAGAAAUGCCGUCAGCUGUGGGAUCAACUCGGUGCCUUGUGGGUGUGCAUAGUGCUGAACCCGAAAUCAUCGCAUGGCGAGCGGAUGCACUGGAAGUCACUGCUGGAGAAGUGGUCCAAGAGUGAGGUGUGCCCACAAGAGGAUCCGGACCUGCGCACGUCACCUUCGUCUAGCCGCGAAAGCGUGCGCGAUCGCUCGAAUCGUGAACGGGAGCGUGAUCGGAACCGAUUCUUUCGUGAAAAUAAUCUGCGCAACAUGAUGUACUACAAUCAUCACCAUCAGCCACACCAGCAUCAGCAGCAGCACAACAAUGCGCCUAACGGUGGAGGAGGUCACGACAAUCCGAAUCGCAAUCACUACAACAAUCAUCGGUACGGUGCGUUGAAGAAUCGUAACGGGGAUAAUGGGAAUCGGGGUGGCAAUAAUCAUCAUAACGACCAGUACGAUAGCUCGGAGACGGAUUCCGAUUCCGACGAUGAGAUGGAUGAUGCGAACGAAGAGGAGGGUGCUGGCAACAAUGGGCAGGAUGAGGAGGAAGACCUCAACGAAAACGGAGGUGCCAUUAACGACCACGACGACGAGGACGAUCACCAUCACGAUGAUGAAGAGGCGGAUAGGCGUAGAGAAGACGACAAUGGGAUGGAGGAGGAUGUAGUCGAUCAAGUGCACAACAUUCUGCAGGAUAUCAACUUUGCCGACGGCGCAGAACCCGGUCCGAGCAGGAAGCAUCGGGACGAAGAUGGCGAGGUGCGCGAUUUCAUGAACCUGAAUCUGAUGAACGUCCCCGAGGAUGGACAUCGGCUGCCGGAAAUGAUGCCAGAAAACGACGACAGCUCACGAGAAUCGAUGGAUGUCGAUGGAGCACCGUCGGCUGCCGGUGGUGUGGUGGGUCGAGUGAGCGGUGUUGGCAGCAGUGCCGGUGCCGGUAGCUCCAAAUCUAGUGGAGCAAACGUAGGCUUCUUCCAGAGUCCCUGCAUCUGUGGGGAGGACAAAUGCGAAUGCAAUCGGCCCGUGUUUUUGGACGACAUAAAGCCGAAGAAAUUUUUCGAUUGUGUCGCUGCGGCAACCGCAGGUGGAAAUGUGUCGAUACCGGCGAGUGUAAGUGCACGUAAUUUCGAUGUGAACGAGGAUGCCAAUCAGGAUUGUAUUGAACUUUCGAAAGAUAUCGACAUGGCGGUCGCGAGCGGAACCUCUAAGACCGGCACUUUAAAGUUGGGUUCGAACGAUGAGGCGAUUGAAGCGAUGGCCGGAGCUUCUUUUUCUUCCUCGUCGUCGUCCUCUUCGUCUAGCUCGUCGAUGCUAACCAUUGUGGAUGAGCACCAGAAAGAGGUGGAACUGGACUUUGAGAAAGCCGGACCGUCGGGUUUGAAUCAUUCCCGUAUCAACACUCUGGAGGUAGAUGCUAACCCCUCCUCCGCUGGAAUGUCUUCCAAUGCUGCAUUAAGCAAUGCUGCUCACGAUGAUUGCGAUGAGUGUGAUGAAGAGGUGGGCAAAGAAAAAUCUGCGUGCAAGAAAGCAAGGCAAGAGGAAAAUGAAGCGGGACCAAGCGCUAGUUCCUCUUCGCAUGGGGUGAAGAGAUCGAAGGAAGAUGCGGACGACACAGAUGUGGACGCAGAAGCUGGACCUAGCGCAGCGAGGCGCAUCAGUACGGAUGAUGGAGCUGGCGUGGCCGGUGGUUCCGGCCUCAACGGAGCAGCGUCCGCGGAGGCUCGUGCUAAACCAGUAAACGCCGGUGAUGGAAAUGCGACUGUCGGUGGACGGCCAUGCAAACGUCUCAAAUUAAACAAUGGUUCGUGGGUCAGCAAAAAUGGCAACAAAACACCUCGUACCAUUUUCCACAAGGCGCUCGACGCGGUAAACAUGUCCUGGGAGAAUGAACACCUGAAGCGCAUCCUUGAGUCGGACAGCUAUAAGCUGUCCAGUCGCAAUUCGGUGCAGAUUGCCGGUUCUAGCAAAGCUCCGGUCGCAAACCACCCGAGUGUGAAAUCCAACUUCAAUGCAAACGGUCAGCCGCUGUGGCAUGAGAAAAUUUCGAUGACUGCAGCAAGAAUCGAUUCGUUGCGCUCGCAUGGCCACAUGGAAGCGGCACUGCGAUUGUCCGUCAGCGUUGUGCGAACGAUGCGUGAAAUCCAGCGCGAAGCACAGGCGCUCUGGCUUCGCCACAAACCAAAGUUACCUCCGUCGCAAACAAGCGCUGCCGAGCAACCGCAGCCUGUGGCUGGGACAUCUAGUUCUGGAUCGGGAUCAUCCAGUGCAGGCCCACGCUGUAAAUGUGGCCCUUCGCGAGUUGCGUCGGCCGAAGCUUCUUCGUGUCGGAAAGAGGCAAACACUUCCAAACAUAUGCACCAUUCCUUGUUACCUCCGCCGCCACCACCCCCUCCGUUGCCAUCGUCAUCUUCUGCUUCAAUCCAACAACAGCAAAUGAUUCAGCAACAGCAUCACCAGCAGCAGCAGCACCACCACCACCAUCAACAGCAGCAGCAUUUGUUGCAGCAGCAGCAGCAACACCAACCGCAAGCAUCUACGUCAUCUGGGAUAAAGGCCGGAUGUCAAUGCCAGUCGCACCGUCAUCAAUCGCAAAGCUCGGCGCACUUUCCGGCUCCGCCACCACCUCCCGCACCGAUGAUGCAGGAUCUCCACCCGCCGCAUGCGCCCCCGGUGCCAGCAAUGAAGAAAGACUGUUCCAAAUGCAUCCAAAUUAAGUGUUACUACGAAUCCGUCGGUUCUGGUGCAUCUUCCCUGAAGCACAAUGGUCCGCUGGCUGGUCCCUCGCAUGGAGGCGUCACCAGUGCCCACCACAGCCAUCAUCCACCUCCACCUGUACCGCCAAUGUCGUCUUCGGCGUCAGUUGUCGUUUCCCAGCAUCAGCGAAUCCAUCGCAAUUCAAGUGGCAUGAUUUGCAGCUCGUCAAAAUGCAACCACUUCCUUGCUGCUGGUCCCAGCGGUCCGGGCUUAAUUCAACCGCAGCCUCCCCAUGAACUGUAUCGUAAAAUACCGCAUUGCUCGGCGAGUUCCUCACAGCAACAAGCGUCCGUAAAUCAGGCACAGCAGCCUCACUGCAGUCGAGAUUUUCGCUACAUGAAGUUUCCCAAUGUUCCACCCACUCAUCCACACCACCACCACAACCAUCAUCAACAUCCGCACCAUCAUCAUCACCAUCAUCACCAGCAGCAGCAGCAGCAGCAGCUACAAAAUCCGCAUCAUGCUGCGUCCUCUGGUACCGCCGGAAUGAUGGUUCCAGUAGGAAUUCGUCAACCUCCUCCUUCGUGUCCAGGUCCGGGGCCAUCUUCUUCCCGAACACUCGCAGUCCCAGGGGCGGAUCCGUCAUUGUCUGCUACUAGCACACAGUCAUCGGUAACGGUAACAACGGCCUCGUCACUCACUACAUCCGGCAGCUCCAAUGGCGCCGGUCCAAUCGUAACGUCCGCACCGAUAACUGCUUCAACAUCGAAGUCUUCCUCAUCGUCUUCGGCUUCGGCAGCUAGCUCUUCUUCCUCAUUUCAAACGAAAUGUAACUGUCCAAUCCAUAAGGAGGAAUCACUGUCAUCUACGGCUCCAAGCCACUCUACAGCAGCAGCAGCAGCACCACCACCAUCAUGUCAUCCGACCGAUGCCAAUGUUGGAGUACCUUCCAUGAGCACAACGGUAUCCUGUUGCGUGAAACCCAUGUGUUGCUCGUUGGCAAUUGCCCAGCACAACGUGCAUUCACAGCACAAGCCGCAGCCACCGCUGCCCGGUCCGUCGUACGUACCAUCUGCGACGUGUGGCGGAUGUGCUAUGCACGCCACUGGUGUACCGCAGUCGGCAAUGUACAACAAUGGUGGAUUGUACGGGAUGGCCGGUCCAUCGUCUGGCCACGGUCAUGCGCAACCACCAAUGCCGUCUACCUCGAUGGCGUCACAGUCGUACGAUCGUUCAAUGAUAGGUUCGUUUAGUGGAACCGACUGCGACAUGAUGUCCGUGCAGCAGCAUCAUCAACACAAGGACGAUUGCCCUCUGGCGCUGGGAAAACAUAAGCACGCCAGCAUUGGCAGCGGAAGCAGCGGUACUUGCAGCAGCAGUUCGCUUGGCAGUUCACAAGCCGGGCCUAGUCGUGCAAGUGGUUCUUCGAGCGGAUCGUCAAACUCCACGAUCACCUCUUCGUCGUUGCUUGAACCCAUAAAGGUGAACCGGAAGCCGAAUUGCCUGUCGAAAUGCAUCGACUGCAGUGUGGGAUGUGAGGUGGAAUUUCCUCUCGACGCCAUCGCAUGCAUUUUCGAUUGCUUGACGGAAGCCUCCUUAAUACCGGAGGCGGUCACUGUUCAGAUGAACGAGAUGAGCCGCAUGGCGUAUGAUGCUGGUAACGGGGGUGGUGCCGCCGGUGGUCCUGGUGGCAGCGGUGCAGGUGGAUCGGCGGCCUCGCCGGAGGAUGUCAACAUCAUCGCUCCAAAGUAUCGCCAUCUCCCGAUUGCGGACUCAGCCGACCGGCACGAAACAUACCUGACGCUCGCGUUCGAGGCGGCCAUUCUGGCGUUAAGCAAGCAACGCAUCAUGCCACACGGGCUGUACGCGCAGCACGUCAUCUGCAAGCAGCAGGAUCAGCUGAUACAGCGACUGCGCAGCAUCGACCUCGACUCGGUGCUGGUUGGCAUUCUGCGCAAGCUAAGCGUACAGCUGUUGGACGGUGGCCCAACGAGUGGUUUGGGUGAGAUGAUACAUCCCGAGUCGGUGCCGAUGCACACACUGGCUCGCUUCCUGUUUGCCUCGUUGCUAAAUCAGCAUUCCGAUUUGGCGUUCGAAAUUGGGCUGCGGGCCAUGCGCUUCCCCAUACUGGAGAACAUCAACGAGGGUGCGUCGGUCAACGGUAUAGAGCUGCAGCACAACAACUUCAUGCAUUCGCCCUAUCCGCGCUGGUGGACGCUGGGCCACCUGGAGACGCAACAGUGCUCGCUCAGCUCAACAAUGCUGAGUGCGGCAAAGGGCGACACCAAACGUUUGUCCGCGGUGCUGCAGAAUGCGCGCCGCAACAUACACAGCUCGUCGCAUCUGUUCAAGCUCGCCCAAGAUGCGUUCCGCUUUGCUACACCAGAGAACGGGCCGCGCAGCCAAACCUUGCUCGGAGUGGCAUUCGAAUUGGGACUGCAGGUGAUGCGCAUGACGCUGACGUGCCUCAACUGGCGUCGACGUGAAAUGGUUCGCUGGCUGGUAACCUGUGCGUCCCACGUCGGCAUUGAUGCGCUCAUGUCCAUCAUGCAAAAUUGGUACCAUCUGUUUACACCAACGGAAGCAACGGGGCCAGUAGCAACAACUAUCAUGUCACAUUCGACGAUCAUGAGACUGAAUUUGAACUUCCGUCAGCAGGACGAGUUGUCCAACUGUGCCCGAACGUUGGCACUGCAGUGUGCUACGAAAGAUCCACCGAACUGUGCCCUGAAUGCGCUAACGUUGUGCGAGAACGAUGCGAUGGCCUUCGAAACAGCAUAUCAUAUAGUAAUAGAUGCUGCGACACACAUCAUGACCUCUAGUCAGCUGUUCACUAUUGCUCGGUACAUGGAGCAUCGGGGAUAUCCAGCACGCGCCUACAAUUUAGCUAUGCUCGCCAUGAAAAACGUCCAGCUGGCCUACAACCAAGACACACAUCCGGCUAUCAACGAUAUACAUUGGGCGUGUGCGUUAUCGCACUCGCUUGGCAAGACAGAAUUGUCGAAGAUGAUACCGCUGGUGAUAAAGAAUGUGCAGUGUGCCACAGUGCUGUCGGAUAUACUGAGACGUUGCAGCGUUCCCACACCCGGGCUGCACAAUUUUAGCGCUCACGGUGCACGAGGUAAUAACUUGAGACAGUGCAUCAAGUUGAGCUACGACCGUGAACCGUUAAAUCAGUUGCUGGAAGCUGCCGUUUCUGCAUACGUCAAUACCACACAUUCAAGAUUGUCCCACAUCUCGCCGCGUCAUUACAGUGAUUUCAUUGACUUCCUGAGCAAAGCGCGUGACACCUUCAUGCUGGCGCGCGACGGGCCGGCUCACUUUUCCCGUCUGAUUGAAAACAUUACAAUAGCCUACAAGGGCAAGAAGAAGCUGGUCCGGCAAGUUCGACAACGUUUUCAAUUUGUCUAAAACUAAACCCUUUUCUAAAACCGUGCACCAAGCCAUGAUUCACGUUCUACUGGGUUUGCUUUUUGCCGACCGUCUCAACAGUGAUUUUAUUGUAUUUAGCUAGGGUAAUGAAUUUCUCGAUGCGUCUUUUGCGUUGCAUCCUUAGCUCUCGCUUCGUGUUAGCGUAUGGUUUGCUGUAUCAUACUUUCUAAUCCGGCACCCCCACAACGAUGCCGUUUGGGUAUGUAAAGUAGAUUUCGUGUGUAUUUCAAACUUCCUGAUCGAACCCCCCUUUAAGAUUACCUAACUAGUUCCGAAUCCCUGUUAGUAGACGUUAAGAAUAGGCAAUGAGACAAUGAUGAUAGCAGUAUUAUAAUGUUAGUAACUCUUUUUAUUUCUCUUACAACUCUUUGUUCAUUGUUUUUUUUUGGCUAUUUUAUUUGUCGUAAUAUUAUGCUUACUUUGCUGCAGCGCAUUAACUUGUUAUUUAUGUGGCCUUUUCUCUGUCCUUUCCUUUCUGUUCUGUGCGUUGCUUAUUUUUAAUGUGAUUUACGAGCUUUUUACUUCAUACGACGCCCGCAUCCUCUCUUUCUUUCUCUCUCUUCUUGUGCUCUCUUUGUCUCUAAUUUCAUCUGGAGUUUUAAACCAUGUCCUUCUGCUUAUGCGGCAUAUCGUAAAGGAAGCUCUUUCUUACAAUCAGCUCCCAAGACUUUACGCCCUGUUUUUCGGUGGCAAGGCUUGGCAAAACUUUAUGAACACACUGCACAGUCCCAAUUUUUGCCAUUUAAAAAACAAAACACGCCUAAAACGAAUACUACUCGGAAUUGAUCUCAAUUUAUUGCAUUACAUACACUCCACCCACACAGUCCACCAACAGAGUGACCGCUGGUGGUGUCGCGGUAGCCAUCAUCGGUAGCCGCGGUAGUCUUGGUGGUUGAUUUGAUUUGAGCAAAUGCACGGGCUAUAGCUUGUUUCUACGAGGAAGCUACAAUGUUCCCAAACUAUCGAUACAAAGAAAUAGAUAAUUCUAAUCGACAAACGACAUUCGCGCGCAUCUUGCGAGAUUGGGUGCAUGGACUAUGCAUACAGAUGCCAAUCGAUAGGAGGAAGACCGUUGUUGAAUAUAGCAAUUAGUGAACCGAAACAACAGGAUUGCCAAAUACCAAAUAAAGUUAGGCGCAGCACGUGCGUUUCAAUGCGCUGCAUCUGAAAUGGGAUGUUAUAAGAUACAUCCAUAAAUACCAUACGGUCAUCUGUAACCAAUAGAGAAACUAUGUGACAAAAGGAAGCAAGCCCCCGUUAAAGUACGCAAAUUAGUAGCAAUUCCAACUGACGCAUUUACUUACGUGCCACAACAAUCCCAGUAAAAGUUCACACACACACACAUGUGUUUGUGUGUAUGUCGUUCGAUCGGCUUUGUGUAAAAAUCCGAAAGCAGCAGCAAAAUUGAAGAGAUGUAAAGUUAGCAGGGGACAAGACACGAGAAGAAACAAAGCUGCAUUGCAAUGGGUUUGCUUGCAUGUGGGAAGACAAGAGUUCAGAGAUUAAAGCAGUGAGAUUUUGUUAUAAAAUUAGUAAUGACGUUAAUUGUACGUGCGAAAAAGGACUGUUUUUGAUCAUUUUAUUUCAAUUUUUCUUUGUUAGGCCUUUGUACUUGGAUUGGUUUAUAGUUAUUAUUGUGUUAGUUUGCUUCACGAAAGGUUAACAAUUAUCAUUAUUUUGUAUCUACCUCCUUAGCGUUAGGAAGCAUGUGUGAAGCAACAAAUCUAAUUGAACUAAAUCCGUUCCGUAGUCAAAGAAACGUAGUAAAACAAUUGUGUGGUUCUCUGCGAGCUGCUGGUGAAUGACACACGAUAACCAAGCCCACACUUCCUUAGAACGAUACAAUUCUUUAAAAGGUUUAGGGAGCCGCAAACGUGCAAUAGAGGUUUGAUCUUUCCGUUUUCCAAAUUGGCCCCGGUGAAAGUGUAACCAAGUGGCAGGUUUAGCCACUUAUUUACUAGCCAGCGCUAUCGUUCAAGCAGCCGAACACAGCACACUGUAUACUAAACAUGAUUUUUAUCAGUAUUACAAAGACGCAAAUAGUAUAGAUAGACAAUACAACAAGCAAUUGGCUUCUCAGUUCAGUUUCCACGUACCGAGCAAAGGUGGUUGCUACUAACUACAAACGAGAAAGACUUGAAACAUUCUUACCACUAUACAGUCACGAUCACGACGAUCGUUAACGUAGCGCCAAUAUGCUUGGUAAACAUUUUCCUUCAACAGUCUAGUUUAAUAUGCAUAAUGCGUGCGUCAUCGAUUCAUCGCCCCCCGGGGGAAGGAUGAGGAUCGCUUUCCACAACAGCCGUCGCCGUACGGUGUAACUACUAACUCUAAUAGCAAUUGUAACGAAGGUAAUAAUCACGCACUAAUAAUGGUAAUAUGAUAAAACGAUAAAUACAUCAUUAAAAGCUUAACAUUAGCUGACACUAAACUAAGAAAUAUGAAACACCUAGUAGAAGUAACGAUCAAGUCGACGGUGUGGUGUGGUACGAUGGUCUUCGCUCCUCUGUUGUGUCGUGACGGACACGGGGACACCAUCCGCACGCACCACUACUCCUAAUGCAGAGAGCGCCGAACAACAUUUGCUAAACACGCUACACGACGGGAGGGAGGGAGAGGAGGAAGCAAUUGUGGCUUAAAUGUUGAGAGUGUAAGAAAAUCUCAGGACUGGUAAAACAUACUUGAUUAACAAAUUAGGAAACUUAUGCAAAACUAGUAGAAUAUGUAUUGCAGCUGAAAACUGAAACUGAACAAACAAACAAACAAACACUAGAAAAUAUUCAAGCUUGUGUCGGUGUGUGUGUGUUUUUGCGUGUUACGAAACAGACGGCAUACAAAAACACUACCGAGCCAAAUAAGUCAAAGCAAACAGGAAUAAAUAAAUGAUUGAUUGAAAUAAA